AUGUCGCCGGUGUGCACGCUCAGCUCGGAGAGCAAGCGCAUCAUCCGCCAGGCGCAGGUGCCCAUCCUCCAGGCCAGUCCACGGGUGGUGCACUUCCUCUAUGAGGCUCGCAUCGAGGAGCUCGAGGAGGAGCUGGAGAAGGAGCGAAAGAAUCGGAUCCGCGCGGAGAAGGCCCGCACCGACCUGAGCCGCGAGGUGGAGGACAUGGGCCUGCGGCUGGAGGAGGCGGGCGGCACAAACAGCCAGCAGUCGGAGGUGAAUCGCCGCCGGGAGGCGGAGAUUGGCAAGCUGAAGCGCGAGCUGGAGGUGGCCAACACCAACCACGACCAGGAGGUGUUCAAUCUGCGCAAGCGAAGCAAUGACAUUCUCGCAGAGCUGCAGGAGCAGAUUGAGCUGCUGACGAAGGCCAAGGCCAAGACCGACAAAGACAACGCCGUGCUGACGGCCGAGGUAGCUGAUCUUCAGGCGACCGCCGAGAAUGCCACCAAAUUGCAGGCAAAUGCAGAGAAGCACAGCAAGCACGUGGAAGGUCAGCUGGCUGAAGCGAACAAGAAGGUGGACGAGGCGAAUGGCCGCGUCGGCGACCUCGAGGCGACCAACAAGAAGCUGGCCAACCAGAAGGCCGAGGUGGAGAAGCAGUUCCAGGAGGCGGAGGCACAGCUGGCCAGCAUUGAGAAGAUCAAGGACCAGCUGAAGAAGGAGCUCGAGGAUACGAAGGGCCUGGUCACUCAUGAAACACAGGAGCGACUAGCUCUGCUGAGCAAGUACCGCAACCUCGAGAUCGACCUCGAGUCGGCGCGCAAGCUGAUCGAGGACGAUGAGAACAUCAAAAACAACCUGCACAACCAGCUGAGCAAGGCGCACACCGAGAUUCAGCAGUGGAAGGCCAAGUGGGAGUCGGCCGGCUACGUGCCCCGAGAGGAGAUGGAGGAGAUGCGCAAGAAGCUGACGCUGCGCCUGCAGGAGGCGGACGACCACAUCGAGCAGCUGAACAUCAAGAACAGCAGUCUGGAGAAGGCCAAACUGCAGCUGACGAACGAGGUGGAGGAGCUGGCGAAUGAGCUGGAGCGCUCGCACGUCAUGGUCGUCACGCUGGAGAAGAAGGUGAAGGCGCAAGAGAAGGAGCUUCUGGACUGGAAGCAGCGCUGCGACGACAUGGAGAACGAACUCGAUGCAUCGCAGAAGGAGUGCCGCAACCUCUCCACGGAGCUCUUCAAGCUGAAGGCCGCCCACGACGAGCUGCAGGAGCAGCACGAAAGCACCAAGCGGGAGAACAAGAACCUCCAGGACGAGGUGAAGGACCUGCUGGACCAGCUGGCGGAAAGUAGUCGGCUGAUCAACGAGCUGGAGCUCACCCGAAAGCGGCUCACCAUGGAGAAGGAGGAGCUGCAGUCGGCGCUGGCAGAGGCGGAGACCGCCCUCGAGGUGGAGGAGAACAAGGUCUACGCGGCGCAGCAGGCGCUGGAGCAGGCGCGCCUGGAGCACGACCGCCGCCUGCGGGAGAAGGAGGAGGAGUUCGAGGGCGUCCGCCGGAACAUGCAGAAGGUCCUCGACCAGAUGCAGGUCAGCCUGGAGGCGGAGGCCCGGGGCCGACAGGAGGCGCUGAAGGCGAAGAAGAAGCUGGAGGGCGACGUGGUGGAGCUGGAGCUGGCGCUGGACGCGGCCAAUAAGGCGCACGCCGAGGCGCAGGCCUUCAUCCACAAGCAGCAGGGCCAGAUCAAGGAGCUGCAGGUGACGCUGGAGCACGAGAUCCGCGCGAAGGAGGAGGCACAGGAGCUGUGGGCCGCCUCGGAGCGCAAGUGCCAGUCGCUGCACAAUGAACUGGACCAGACGAGGACGCUGCUGGAGCUGGCCGACCGGAAGUGCCGCAACCUGGAGAACGAACUGGGCGAGGUGAACGAGCUGAACAGCGAGCUCAGCGCCGCCAACGCCGCCCUCUCCAACUCGAAGCGAAAGUUGGAGGGCGAGAUGCAGAUACUGAAGGCCGACUUUGAUGAGGCGCUCAAUGAAGUGAAGCUGCUGGAUGACAAGUGCAAGAAGGCGAUCCUCGACGCGGCCCGCCUCGCCGACGAGCUGAAGGAGGAGCAGGACCACGCGCAGGCGGAGGAGAAGCUUCGCCGGUCGCUGGAGGAGACGAACAAGGAGCUGCAGGUACGGCUGGACGAGGCGGAGCAGGCGGCCAUGGUGGCCGGCCGGAAGACCAUCGCCAAGCUGGAGAGCCGCGUCCGCGAGCUGACGCAGGAGCUGGAGAGCGAACAGCGGAAGUACAGCGAGUCAAGUAAGAACCUCCGCAAAGCGGACCGGAAGAUCAAGGAGGCGGUCUUUGAGCUGGACGAGGCGAAGAAGAACGCGGAGCACCUGCAGGACCUGGCGGAGAAACUCAGUGCAAAGGUGAAGACGUACAAGCGGCAGAUCGAGGAGGCGGAGGAGAUUGCGGCGCUCAAUCUGGCGAAGUACCGCAAGCUGCAGACGGAGCUGGAGGAUGCGGAGGAGCGGGCGGACAGCACGCAGGCGAACCUCUCCAAGCUGAGGGCCAAGACGCGCUGCUCCAUCUCCAUGAACCGGGCGGCCAGUCCGGGGCCCAAGUACUCUGACACCCAGCAGCUGCAGGCAGAAUUGCUCUGA